AAAAGAGAGAGAAAAAAAAACUUUAAAAAAAUGAAGUGUAAAUAUAAUUAAGUUUGAGGAGGUAUUUAAAAAUAAAACCGUUCUAGGUGUCUGAUUAUUUCAAUAUCUGCUACUACUGCAACUAGUAGUAGUACUGAUGUUGUGAUCGAACGGCAAUCAAAACCCUAACUCACCAAACCAGCGGCAAAGCGAAAACCACCAUAGUUUCUCUUCCACAGGAAGGCGGAACAUUUAAAUUGACAACUGAAAAGCCCGUCUUCAUCAUCAUGUCUGUUGAUCCUACUGCGCCACUGACGUACGUGGAUGAGGAUGUUUCUUCUGCCUCUGGAGAUGAUGGAAACAUGUUGGAUGGACACAACAAACGUCAGUCUUCCACGCCCUCUGCUUCCAGUCGCCGCAAAAGGAGUCGUAAGGCUACUGGUGAUGCUAUAGUCGACGCUAUGCUUGAAAUUGCCGCUGCUUCCAAAAUGAGGGCAGCUGCGAUGAUGAAGAACGAGGACUGCUUUUCCAUAAGCAAAUGCAUUAAAGUCUUGGAUGAGAUGCAAGAUACUUCAGCUAGCAUGAGCGACUUUGACUUAGAACUGGACGAAAUGGAAUUGGUUGCAGCAGCUGCAGGCUACUAUUAUUAUAACAGUAUAAGCAGGCAGCCUCGUUGUAGUUCUUCGCCUUGUGGAAGUGGCUUUAUGACUGAGGUGCUAGAUGGCCAUGAUGAUUUGUGCCGGGAAAUGUUUCGGAUGGAUAAAUGUGUUUUCCACAAGUUAUGCAACACCCUCCGUCAGAGAGGCAUGCUACGUGAUACUGCCGGUGUUAUGAUAGAAGAGCAGCUGGCAAUUUUCUUGAAUGUCAUCGGUCAUAAUGAACGCAACAGAGUAAUCCAAGAACGAUUUCAACAUUCAGGUGAAACCAUUAGCCGGCAUUUCAAUAAUGUGUUGAAGGCGAUUAAGUCACUUUCACGUGAAUUCCUGCACUCAGCGCCUCUCACUACUCCUGCAGAGGUUCUCUGUAGUAGUAGGUUUUACCCCUAUUUCAAGGAUUGCAUUGGGGUCAUAGAUAGCAUGCAUAUACCUGCACAUGUACCAGCAAAAGACCAAUCUCGAUUUCGUAAUAAGAAAGGUGUUCUAUCACAAAAUGUUUUAGCAGCAUGCACAUUUGAUAUGCAAUUUAUAUUUAUUUAUCCUGGUUGGGAAGGCUCUGCUGCAGAUUCACGUGUACUAAGAGCGGUCCUUGAGGAUCCAGAUCAAAAUUUCCCUCGUAUACCUGAAGGAAAAUAUUAUCUAGUGGAUACAGGGUACUCAAAUAGGCAAGGAUUUAUUGCACCAUAUCUGGGAGUUCGUUACCACCUUCCUGAAUUUAGAGGUGCUAAUCAGUUACCUAGAAAUGCAAGAGAACUGUUCAAUCAUCGUCAUUCAUAUCUUCGGAAUGUUAUCCAGAGGUCUUUCAAUGUGCUGAAAACUCGUUUUCCCAUCCUGAAACUUGCCCCGCAGUAUGGAUUCCAUAUCCAAAGGGAUAUUGUGAUUGCUGCAUGUGUCUUACAUAAUUACAUCAGGCGUGAGCAACCAAAUGAUUGGUUGUUUGCUAGUAUUGAAGGUGUAGCAGCUGAAGAAGAAUUGUGCGAUUAUGAUGAUCAACCUGAAAUGCAGUUGGCUUCCUCCAUUCAGGAGCAGGUUGCCUUCUCUUUACGAGAGUCGAUUGCGGUAGCAAUGUGGAAUGACUUCUUAAACAAAUGGGAUCAGUGGUGACUGGUAGGCAAUUGACGAACAAGUUUUGUAGAUCUUGACAUAUUGGUAGGCAAUUGUUUAGGAGUUGAUUAACAGGUUUUGUAAAUCUCGACAUGGCAAAUUCAUUUUAAGCACAGAUUAUAGAUUUAAGGAGAAUUGAUUAGAUGUGACGGUAGGAGUUAUGGGUAUCUUUUUUUUGAAGUAGAAAGAAUCCAAUACUCCCUCUAAAUUGACGGUUUAGGUUUAUUUGACUUGCAUGUAUAUAAAAAAUAUAAUAUCUAUGAUAUUUUUGUUAAAUA